CUCUAUCAGUCGGAAAGACCCGAGCGGAUCCAUCAGUUGAGCAGCGUGGUGGUGGCCAGGAGGGGGAGAUUCGGAAAUGGCACACCGCAUUCCCAGACGCAUUCCCAGACAGCACUGAGCGACAACGCUGGAGCGGCCUGGAAGGGAGCAGGGGGAACAGCCAAGGUCAGCGGCGGCACGUCACCAGGGCCUUCUGGAUGGCAGCGGCGAUCUCCGCCAGGUGGCAGUGGCAGUGCGCAAAUGUUUAUGUUGUGGCCUCACAGGGCAUUUCCAGUUCACAGUGCAGACGGCAUAUUGAUCAGAUUGUAGCCGUGCAGGGAGAGCCAGCUGAUGUAAACAAACAGGUAGAAUCAGCUGACGCUUUCGAUGACAGUUCCUCUUCCUCCCCGGUCAUGACACCGGCGGUGGGGCGAGAGCCAAUAGCAGUGAGUCCCCCACUCUCCGCCGAGCGGCCGUGUGGCUCGCUCCCCUCCCCUCUCAAUGUCAAAGUAGAAAUCAGAUUGAUAUCCGAUGUUACAGACACGACCAGGCCACCUCGUAGUGAUGAGGAGAACGGGCGCAACUACUACUUUGUCUCCCACGACGAGAUGAUGGCGGACAUAGCUGCCAAUGAGUACCUUGAGUACGGUACUCAUGAAGAAGCAAUGUAUGGCACAAAACUGGAAACUAUUAGAAAAAUUCACCACGAAGGAAAAGUUGCAAUCUUGGACGUAGAACCCCAAGCUCUGAAAGUUCUCAGAACUUCUGAAUUUGCACCUUACGUGGUUUUCAUCGCUGCCCCACUAUUACAAAAUCUUGCAGACUAUGAUGGAAGCCUAGAACGUCUAGCCAAAGAAUCUGACCUUUUGAGACAAGCAUAUGGACACUUCUUCGAUCUAACUAUCGUAAACAACGACAUUGAGGAGACGAUCGCGGCAUUAGAACGAGCCAUAGAGAGAGUACAACACAACAGCCCAGUGGGUGCCAGUGUCUUGGGUCUACUGAGCGAGUCACCACGAGUUCUAACGAGCACAGUGGAUCCUGACGUCGCGUGUCUACCGACCGAGUCUAGAACGGAUCUACUGAGCGAGUCACCACGACCUUUAAUCAAUACAGUCGGUCCUUGAUCAAAUCAAGAUAUGGAUCUACUGAGCGAUUACCGCGAGUUCUUACAAGCACAGAAAGUCCUGGCUGUUGUAGGCCAACUGAUGAGUCAAGAUGUGGGUCUGCUGAGCGAGUCACCUUGAAUUUUGACUAACACGUUGGUUCCUGCUUGUUUUUGUCGGGACUGAGCGGGUCGCAACAAGUUCCAACAAGCACAUUGAGUUCUGGCUUGGGUUAUAUUGUUAGUCUAAUCAGCAGACAUCCUAUUUUGUGGUCUACCAACAGGUUACUUGAUUCACUUUUAAAUAAAUAUAAAAACCUAUGUAUUAUGUAGUCAAUAAUCAUAGUGUUGGAUAGCCACCAGAACUAUAUUGACUAUUGUACCACUGCAUGAUGUUACAGCUCUAAGCCAGACCCACAUCUCACUUCCUCAAUCACAGUGCUGCUUGAGGCUGUUGGCUCAGUAGUUAAGAGCUUACUCCUUCCUUUUAAAAUACAUCUAAAACAUAAAUAUUUCAUAAAAAUUACGUUCCUCAUUUAUAUUUUUUUCUAAAACUAUACAAAUGUGUUACAUUUCGUAUAUACAUAAAAUGUAUAUAUGAAAAAAUUAAAUAUUUCAUAAAUUAUGUACAUGAUUUUAUAUGUGCUCCAUUUCAUAUAUACGUACAUGAAAUGUAUGUAUGAAAAAUCCGUCAUGUUUUAUUUGAUUUUUUUAUAUACGAUAUAAAAAUUAUUAUAAAUGAUAAAUCAAAUUCCUAAUCUAAUAUAUUACAAUAAUUUUUUAUCCAAAUUUGGUUUGGAUUUUAUAACCAAACAAAAUCUAUAUACAAUUAUUAAAAGAAUUGGAACGUUUGAUUCGUCCAAGUAACAUUGAUGGAUGAUAAAUAUUAUGUAACAAUAUAAGAAUUAAUUUUAAAAGUAAUAAUUUCACUCAUCCCAUAUUACAUAGUUAUAAUAAUAACUCUCCCAAAUUACAUAAACGUGCCUAAAAACAUUUUUUAAACACUUACGUAUUUUUAUUGUAAUUUACGUGGCUUUGUACAUAUUUUCAGUAUUUUUGGGGGAGGAGUAAGGUCAGUGUUUGUGUUAGGUAACUCAGAAGUAAUUCUAUUAUAAAUCAAAAUACUAUAUUGUAAAUAUAUAGGGUAAAAAUAGCAAUGUCUCCAGCUGAUAACAGUCAGGCAGGUCAUGAAUUGGACAAUCGGCAGCUUGGAUUAUUGUAUGAUUAUUGAUAUUUUUUUACCUGCUCAAUGGUUUAGCAAUAACAAUAUUUUAACAGCAACUUGCAAUUGUUAAAAUUAGACAAUUUCAUCAUUACAUUUACUGUAUGAAAAUAAUUAACACUUGUGUUAUUUUAUCUUAUGGAAUAUACAUUUUAUGUUUUGUAAGGUACUUAACUUACUAGUACUUCAAUAAUGUUCUAAUGAGUGUGGUUAAAGUACUACCGACCUACACUCGCUCACUUAAAGUAUCCAGUAUUCAACAAUUGUUUUCGUUUCGUAUCUUGUAAGUUAUUCUUAUAAUUUAACUGUGAGGAAUAACAGCCGUUUUACUUAACCUCUGUUUUAGCCUUAAGUUCAAACUUUUAAAACUGAAGAAACACUAAGCAGAAUGUUUAGAAUUGUUUAGUUGGUAGCAGUGCUUGUUGAACCCAUAAGUUAACUGUAAUGGCAAACCAAACCCUUUUCAGACAAGGAAAUGUUAAUUUUUUUUGUGAUCAAGUGAUGUAUAUAUAAACGGAGGGGGGAACUUAUGGCAGCAGUUAGUUACUAUUAAAAGCUUAAUUUAGUACCUCACUCAAAAGUACCUUAAUUUAUAUUCUGUUGAAAUCGGCAGUGAUUACUUAUGCUGCUUUAAUUUUCAAGUAGUAAUCUAUUCAGUUUGUUAAGUAGUUUUAUUUUAUACUGUGUUUUUGAUAAUACUAGAUUUUGUCACUGUACACCACUGAAACCAACUUCUGUAACUGCUAUGAAACUACACUAGUUGCAGUUUGCCGACCUUAUGCAAAUCCUUCGGAAAAAACAGCUGUAAAGAUUUUACAAAGCAUGUUAAUAGGUAAGCACCAUUUCGCCCCACCCCUGCAUUGUCAUGAUUGUUAUUCUGUUCAUAUACAAUGCCUUUUUGUUUCUAUAGCUUUGCACAGAAGACCUAAAGCACAUUCCAGUCGUAUUUCCUGUUUCUUCUCAAAUAAAACAAUUGAAUUUCGCAUAGACUGGAAGUACGGUUUGUUUUUAGUUUUUAGAACGCAAGAAACAAAAGGUAUAGUUGACACUCAAUGUCAAAUUCCUACAAGAAAUGG